AUGCAGCGCAAUACGUCGAGCGCGACACCACCUAGAGGUCAUGUCCUCAGACCCCACCAUAUUCUACUGCUGAGGAUCAUCGUGUCGGCGUUCCAAGUCUAUGAGGAGCCCCCAUUACCUCCACCUUUCUUGCUGCACUUAUACCGACUUAUUUUGAAUGAGAUUGCAGAGGUCACGCAACCAAGGUCAUAUAAUCAACUCCUCGGAGACAUCUCACGCGGGCCAUUAGCGGACCUGCCACCGUCACAAAAGUUCCUCGACGAAUUGAAGCAGGCACCGCACGAGUUACAGACCCCACAGCAAUUGGCCAACUACCUAGCAAUCAUACCGAGCUUAUAUCCUACCGAGAAAGAGGACGACGAUGAGACGGAUGCGCCGUUUGGCCGUCGUUCGCUAUUUGGAUACUUCUGUCGUCGAUGUUAUGUCAGCUUUGUCAAGCUAUCAUUCGGCGCGCUCGCGAGACUUCAGUCCGAUUAUGUGAUGUGGGCUAAUGAGCCAAUUACGGACGGAAGACGUGAUCCAGGCUCCUCUCCUGGUUAUCAAUCGGUCCUGAAAGACAGGCUAACCAAUGACUACCAGAUUUUCAAGACAAAAACAGACAAGAAGCACUUUCCCACAGCCGAAGCUUACGCUGUUUUUGAGAAGGCGCAGGCGGUGGGAGACGUGAAUAUGGCAGCUGAGAACCUGCGUAGAUUCUUCGAACAGGGUUUUCAUGAAGGCAGCGAUUCGGGACUCCGACAGCAUGCGCUGUUGAAUCUCGCGCGACUUCAUUACGUCCAUCACGAGUACUCGGCGUGCCGUAAAUAUCUUCAAGAAGCUGUCGGCGCCGCUAGGACUAGCGGAGACAAGCUGACGUUGCAACAUUGCAUCAGCAUGCUGCACCGCCUACCUCCUCUAGAGCGCGGGCGCAAGUAUGACAUCAACGAGAUUCAACCUGACCUCCAUCCUCUUGAAAUACUGUAUGAUGUAAAUAAACUCAUGCAGAUUGGUAAUCAACCCCUCGCAGCAUCCUUUGAGAAAAUUGUCCAGGCGAUAGGCCUCUUCGACCAUUGGAUUGACGUUCAGCGAAAACCCUUCGUGGAGGCGGAGCAGUGGGGCCAGCACACUGUACAAAGCGUUGUGUGGAGUAUGCACGGAUGCACUGAGAUCGGUAAGAUUGAACAGAAUAUCGUCUCCGCAUUCACCGAAGUUGGUGGCGCCGAUCACAAUCGGCUCAUUGUUACGCUAAACCGAGCGUAUCAGCGAGCUCGUCAAGGAAAAUACCAAAAUGCCCUCGCGCUAUUACUCGAACCGGACGUAUGGCGAGGCAUCACGCUCAACGACUAUAACCUCUGGGCCACUGAGGUAUGGCAUAUCUUCGUCCUGCGAGCCAGUCGCCGAGGGCAACUUCGUCAGUUCAGCGACUUCCUGAAACAGAAGCGGCCCGACGGCACUUACAAGGCGCGAGAAUAUUGGUUCUGGUCCGCCUCUUCGCUGGGUUCUAUGAUACGUGACCCUCUCUACGAAGUGAUGCAAAUGCGCGGAGUUGAACAAGCACAUGCAUGUGUGGAACAACUCUUGACAGCUGUAUGGCAUGCAGAAUUUCAGUGCCGAUAUGGUCUGUACAGAACUGCGAUCGUCCUGCUGGCGGACAUUGGUCUCGAGUUCGGCAUGACGAAGUGGUGCCGCAGGAUAAUUGACGAAAUCAUGCCACAGGUCAUAACCGGAACCGAUCUGGAGCAGAGAGGCUUGGCUUGCUUCACGCUUGCAAGAUGUAUCAUAGCCGCCGGAGAAUCAUCGCCCACCUCCCUGCAAGAAUGCAUCCCUUACCUUCAAAUUGCAGAGAAGGACUACGCCGCCCUUGAGAUGUUCCGUUCCCUGCAAGAUGUUCAGUAUUUGUUGUCCGUGGUCUAUCACAACCUCGGCAUGACAGCCGAACGGGACGAGGCCGCAACUCGGCACCUCAAGACAGAAGAAGAGGGUAGAAACGCGGCCGUGGUCGUUGUUGAGGUUUGGAUAGCCGAAGUUUUGGAGGUGGUGGCGGAGGUCGGGGCUGGACUUGCUUCGCGAUGA